CGAGAGGAAUGAUGGUCAGCUGAUUUGUGGGGAAGAAUAGCCUCAGCCAGUUAGCCGUGAGCUGGUGGUUUGGAUUUGAACAAAAUCCAGCCAUUAAAUUACACGGACGUCUGAUUUAAAGUCAGUACUCGUCGAUUCGAGGGUUGAUGAUGUUGCCGCCGAGCCGAAGCAUCGCGGGCGGUCUGUUGAUUUGUUUUCUUUUCAUGUUGUCAACACAGAAGACAGAAGCCAAGAAAUCCGAAGACAUCCGAUGUAAAUGCAUCUGCCCACCUUAUAAAGACAUCGAAGGGCAGAUUUACAAUCAAAACGUUUCACUGAAGGACUGCAACUGCCUCCAUGUUGUCGAGCCAAUGCCAGUCGAAGGGAAGGACGUGGAGGCUUACUGUCUUCGCUGUGAAUGCAAGUACGAGGAGAGAAGCUCCGGAACGAUUAAAGCAACAAUCAUUAUUUACCUGUCUGUGCUGGGGCUCCUCCUGCUGUACAUGGUUUAUUUGACUUUGCUCGAGCCCAUGCUGAAGAGGCGCUUGUUCGGCCACUCACAGCUCAUCCAGAGUGAAGACGAUGUUGGGGACCAACAGCCGUUCGCUAAUGCCCACGAUGUGCUGUCUCGCUCACGCUCUCGUCCCAAUAUGCUGAAUAAAGUGGAGUAUGCUCAGCAGCGCUGGAGGAGGCAGGUCCAGGAACAGCGCAAGUCCGUCUUCGACCGGCACGUAGUGCUCAGCUAAAAGUGCUCCCCCUCCUAGACUUUAUCAUACGGGGCACUGUGUCACUGUGCUGAGGGCUGGGUUUUCCUCCUGUUGUCCAGUGCUCAGUCCAGCCUGCCCCUACUAGUGCAGUGCCCGUCUUUAAAACAUGCAUUCGUCUGUCUCUGUGUUUCUGUGUAGGGUAAACAACUGGAUCAUUGUGAUGUUUUUCCAGGACAUCCGGUGUGAAGUUCUGCCACUUACCGUUUAUGCAGUUUGGUUAAAUUUUUACUUGUUGGAGGAGAAAACAUGCAUGGCAUUAUGUACUCCUGUUAAUGGAAAACGUUUACUGCUGAUGCAGAUCAGUCACACCUGAAUACGGGGGUAGAAGUGCCAAUUUACCUGCAGAUAUGAUCCCCUUGAACCCUGUUUUUUUACAUGAACACAGUUAACAUUUGUUUAAAACAAAAACUCUGGACACUGAAACACUUAUGCUUUAUAUCAUUAGUGAGUACUGUGGAUUAUUUCAUUAAAUAAUUAAUGGUCUGCUUCUUCACACAUAAAGCUUUUGUUUAUAUGUAUAUGAUAAGCAAGUCAUCCUCGGCUAAGUUCACUUUUCAGGCAGGUUGUCACUCCCAUCUUGUCUUCGUUUUUAAAUUGCAGUCUUAGUUUCUUGUGUAUCAUAUAAUUAACAAUAUUAGAAACGUGAUCUACAUUUCCACCUUCUGUCUAGCUCAAGUGAACCAUACUAAUUAUCAAUGACAGUAUUGCACCUGCAUUCUUGUUGAAGAAAGAUGUCGCUCAGUUCAGAGUUUGUGUUGGAUAAACUUUUGAGAUUUCAUGAUGUGAUAGAAAGAAAUGUUUGUUGGAUUGGAGAUACUUUCUAAUUUUCAAUACAGUUCUGUGUAAUUCAUGGA